AUGGGAAGAGUCAAGAUUCUCGCAUUAGCGCUUUUCGUUGCAUCUCUAUUACUUGAACAGCCCGCGACUGAGGCUAACCCAGCCCCUACUCAGCACCCACUUUGCGUAUCCCAGUAUUCUCUAGUGAACUAUGCUUGUUCAGGGAUUCGAGGUACCCCAUUGCCAAACUAUUCUCUUACCUCCGAUGACGACCAUGAUGGAGGACACGGACACGGACACGGACACAGUCACAGGCACGGGCAUAGACAUAGGCACAGGGCCAGUCACCAUGGACCAUCGUCUUCACAAGACAAUUGUUGCAAAUGGCUGAAUGAAUUAGACGAUGAGUGUGUGUGUGAUCUGCUAUAUAACUUACCUCCUUUCCUGUCGAAGCCUGCACACCAGUACACUCUCUAUGUUGAUGAAGCAUGCAAUGUUACUUACAAUUUAUUCUUGUUUCUUGUGUUCGAUGUUAAUGGGCAGCUGCAGAAUCCUAUUCCUCAACGCCCCUUAUGUGUCUCCCAACUUGCACUGGUGAACUAUGCAUGUGGAAAUCUACUUCCAACACCACCAGCUACCACCACCACCUCCCUGCCCUCCACUGUUGUCUUCCCUGGAGAUGAUGAUAACAACCGCGGGCACAGGCACCGGCACGGUCACGGUCACGUCAUGACAGAGGCACGGUCAUAG